CAAACCUGAACGACAUUCAAUCCUUUCUUUCUUGCUCACUGCACAUCUCAACGAAGCACAACCUGCAUGGGCCCGUCUGUUGAUCGACCCCCACCAAACUGACCAGCACAGAACGCUGACAUAUCCGCUGACAUAUCCGCUGAUAUAUCGAUUGACCUGGCAGGACCCGACUGAUUCCAACAACGCUACCAUCCUCUCAUUUCACCUUCAUUGAACACACGGACAUGGACCAGGACAACUCUGACAAUUCUGACAAGGCUGUGGCUAUUGCUACCACUACCUCCGCUACCAACGGCUCUAUAAUAAUCGCACCCGCCACUGAUACAGCCGGCAGUAACAACGACACGACGAAUGGCGCUGAUACGGAAGAAGUAUGCCCCUGUCGUAAAGUGACCAAUACGUUUGCGGAUCGUACAUGUGGUAUCUGCCAACGCGUCAUCCCUGCGUUGGAGAGCGCCGAAUUAGAACACAGGCGAUUGUACAAGGAAUUGGAGCAAGCUAAGAAGGAGAUGGAUUUACGCCAGAAGCGUGCCGAGGCCGAGAUCGCAGAAACACAGACGUUGCGCAAAAAGGUACAAGGGCUUGAGAUGACACUCACCACCAAAGUGGAGGAGUACUCGAACGUACAGCGGGAUCUCUCUGUCUUGAACGAUAAAUACGUGGACGAAAUCGAGAAGGUGGCCGAGAUGCAGCACGCCAAGGAGAUGGUUGAGAAUGAGCUGGAGGAGCUGAGUCGCACGCUUUUUGAGGAAGCCAACGGCAUGGUCGCGUCCGAAGCCAGAGCACGACACCAGCUUGAGCUCACCCGGAAACACCUCGAGCUCGAAUUGAAGGACGCUCGGGAGCGACUCGCAGCGGAGACAUCCCAACUCAAGGAACUCAAGUCCAAGAUGGAAGCCAUGAUAGACUCCCAGCCACAAAGCAAGCGCUCCUCGACUAAUCCCUCAGAUCGUGGAAGCGUUGACCUCGCCCAGCUCUUUGGAAUGAGCAAGAUGUCGGAGUCAGUGCCCAUGUCGCAGGAGCCGGAGACAGCGAUCGCAAUUGACGGCCAGCUAAUUCAGGAGUUCAAAGAGUUCGUGACGCAGAGCGCAACAGUCCGCCUGGUCAAGAUCCACACCAUCCCAUUUAUGCGGCACUGUCAGGACGAGGACGUGGAGCCGUGCUUACGAUUUGGAAAUAACCCCAGGAUUUCAGCCAGGAAGCUAACGGAAGGCAUCUGCUCCAACACAUGCUACAUUGAAGAGGCGACAGCUGAACAAGUCAAGGAAUAUGAGCGCAUGAUCCAGGCAGCCCAACAACCUCCCUCACCGGCACGCAACUCGGUCUCCAAUAAGAAUAUGCUAUGGGAAAGGCUCCAGACACAGUAUGCCAUGUACCAGGCACCCAAGGGAGGAUGCCAGACCUGUGGGCGCUCAGGACCAUUAACCCAUCGGUACCGCAUUGCGACUUUGGAUGAAUGGUCGUUUAUUGAUCGGUUCUGUCGAGAUCGACUCGUCGCAGUCUGUGAAUUCUACAUUUUUGUGCGCAAUAUCCGCGCUGGGCUGUAUUCGAGUCGUGCGAUCGAGGAUCUGUACUCAGAAAGCCUUCGCCUUCGGCUCCAAAUGUUCUAUGCCCGCUCAGGAGUGCUGCCAAUUAUGCUUUCAGAGCUCGGUGUGGUUUCACAGUCGAUUGGAAAUAUGGGUCCUGCGGGAGAAUGGCCAGAAGGGAUUCAUCCACGAGGUGAGGGCAGCGAUGGAGGAUCCAUUAUCUCUAUCACACCAGCCACCACACCAAAAAGCGAACGCGCCGAAAUCCUGUUCCGGCCACAAUCCGCUGGAGCCAUGUACGAGAGUGCAUCACGCAAGGGUUCUGAGGACAAGGCAAGGGGAACGAGUGCCAGUGGAAUAACAGAAGCAGUGGGAACUAUUGUGGAAGAGUCGCCGGAGGAGGAAACAGUCGAGGCGACGGUCCCAACAAGUGUUUCGAUUACGACCUUGGCUUCGGCUGGACCAGAGUCAACAACGCCUUCGACUCCUGACCAGAACAUGCUUUCAGCUUAGACAUGGAUCGUUUUACACACAGAUCGGAGAUAGUAUGGCUAUUGCCCAAAAAAAAAAAAAAAAAAAAAAAAA